AUGAUUGGAGGAGUGAUACAAGUCGCGAUUGAUAGAGGACAAGGAGAAGGGCGCCAAAUUGAAAAACAGACCUUAGUCGGCGACAGAACUGCUAAACCCUCGCCUGUGCAUCUGAGGCGAACCUUCAUUCCCAGGCUCCAAAAGAAGAAUUUGCUUCAGUGGUUCAUGGCAGCAAGAUUACAGAAACUGCAAGGCAAGGCUUGCCAAGCAACAAAAUACGUGGCCGAGCAUGGAACUGCAUUCUACAAGCAGCUAAUGGAGCAGAAUAUACAAUAUGUUAAAAAGCCACCCACCGUGGAGACGUGCAAUGAAUUAUCCAAGCAGCUUCUUUACACUCGUCUUGCCAGCAUCCCGGGACGCACAGAGUCAUUCUGGAAGGAAAUUGAUUACGUGAAGAAUAUGUGGAAGAACAGGCAUGAGCUGAAGGUCGAGGAUGCCGGCAUUGCUGCUUUAUUCGGGCUCGAGUGCUUUGCAUGGUUCUGUGCUGGUGAGAUUGUUGGAAGAGGGUUCACUUUUACCGGUUAUUACCCCUGA